AGUUUUUUUUUUUUCAGGGUUAAACUCUGGAGCAUACCAGAAGAAGCCCAUUCUUAUUGUAUACGUAUGACAGUAACGUAUUGUUGCAGAGUAUUACAAUGGGAGAAACUGCAGAAUGCUGCUGGUAUUCACUAUUGUUAUGCAGCAUCGGUACCGUUACUGUUUUGUAUUACCUGCUGAGGUGGUCGUGGCAGUGUUGGAAUGGAUUCAGAGUGUACGUGAUUUCUGAGAUCUGGAAAACGAACCUGAGGACAUAUGGCCAAUGGGCUGUUGUAACUGGAGCAACAUCAGGGAUUGGUCGUGCAUAUGCUGAAGAGCUUGCCAAACGAGGAUUAGACAUUGUUCUGAUCAGUCGCUCAGAGGACAAGCUUCGCAGUGUCGCCAAAGAAAUAGAGUCUCAGUACAAGCGGCAGACACAUGUGAUUCAGACAGAUUUCACAGAGGGCCAUUCCAUCUACUCUUCUAUCGCACAACAGCUAGAGGGCCUGCAGAUCGGAAUUCUGGUGAACAAUGUUGGUAUGAACUAUAUAGGGGUUCUGGCAAAUUUUCUGGAUGUUCCUGAUCCAGACCAGAGAAUCACGCAGGUGAUAAACUGUAACACACUGUCCGUCACUCAGAUGAGCAGACUUGUUUUACCAGGCAUGCUCGAGAGGGGGAAAGGCCUCAUUAUAAACAUAUCAUCGGAAGCUGCAUCUCAGCCACAGCCAAUGCUGUCAGUGUAUUCUGCCACUAAGAUAUUUGUUACAUAUUUCUCUCGCUGUCUGCAUGCAGAAUACAGGUCAAAAGGAAUCACGGUUCAAUGUGUAGCCCCGUUUGUAGUCUCCACUAAUAUGACUCACAAUGUGCCUGUGAAUCCACUGGUGAAAAGUGCUGCUUCUUUUGCUAGAGAUGCUCUGAACACUGUGGGUUACACAACGCACACAAGUGGAUGUUUAACUCAUGCACUGCAGCACUUUGCUCUGUCCAUCUUUUUCCCGGGCUGGCUGCGUCUCACGUCCUUUUGUGUGCAACACAUGGCAAAAUUCGCUCGUAGCACUGAACCACAAUUAAUGGAGAGGCUGGCAGAGACAAAAAAUAAACAGGACUGACACAAAUCUGUGGACAGCAGAGAUAAACAUAAAAAACACAGAUAACAAGACAUGCAUACGCAUGCACAUACAAACAUAUGUAUAAUGGCAUUAACUAUAUCUAUAUAAGCAAACUCUUUUUAUUGCAGUGACAGAAAAACAGAUGCAUUGUUACAACAGUCACACACAUUAAAUUAAUUUUUAUGGUAUUUUGGCUGAUCUA